CCAGUCGACGCCGAGAUGCCGCCACGCGCGGUCACCGAGCGGCCCGCUGCCCCGCGGCGGCGCGCUGCGCCCGGCGUCAACACAUCGCUGCUGGCGUGCUGCGCGUGCUUCCCGACGUGCUUGUUGUUGUUCCUCGCGUCCGCGUCCGUCGUGACCGUGGCGGCCCAGGACGUCGACGUGCCCGUCCCCACCUUCGAGGCCUUCCACCCCAAAGGCCUGCGCGUCUCCAUUCCAGACAUCGACGGCCUGGAGAUCUUCGCCUUCCACGGCAACGUCAACAAGCCGCUGCACAACCUGGAGGCGGGCGAGAUGUCCGUGGACGUGACCGCCAAGAAGGCGGGCCGCUGGGAGUACUUCAACGAGAACCGGCGCCUCAAGGCGGGGGACGUCAUCAACUACUGGGUCUGGAUCCAGGUGGACCGCAAGGGCUACCAGCGGCUCGGCCUCAGCCACCGCAUCACAGAACUGGUGCCACUGGGAGUCGACUCACAGUCGAACGCCCUAAGGCCCGAGGCCCGGCCCGUACUGACUAUGAGCCUCGAGGACCUGCUAGAGAGCCUUCAGGGCCAGCAGGGCGGCCAGAGCGGCCAGGGGGCCUCCGACUUGGAGUCCCGCCCCACCCAGCAGACCCAGCUCCAGGAGCAGUACCGCCCUCGUCCUCAGCGUCCUUCCGAGUCCCGCCCUCGUCCUCAGCGUCCUUCCGAGUCCCGCCCUUCCAACCCUUACGACUCGCGGCCGUCGACCGGGGGGUCUUGGUCUCCAGGAGGAGAGUCGACAGAGUACAGACCCCCGCCUGGAGACUACAGACCACCCCCUGGAGACUACAGGCCCCCGCCUGGAGACUACAGACCUCCACCUGGCGACUACAGACCACCUGCAGGUGGCAACCGACCCCCACCUGACGAGUACCGACCACCUGCAGGUGGCAACCGACCCCCACCCGACGAGUACCGGCCCAAGCCCAGCGAGUACAGGCCGCCAGGCAGCCACUACGGAGCCCGGCCGCCUCCGCCCCCAACUUACAACCACGAGUACCCUCCUCCGCCACCCGUCGCCGCCACCGUGGUGCACGUUUCACACGUGCAGCACAACCACCACGUCGGGUUCGCGAGCGGCGAGGACAACCACGGACAAGGCCAGGAGCGGCCGACGAACAACGUCUACCCGUCCCAGCCCAACUACCCCGUGGACCGGCCCACGCAGCCGACGCACCAGGGCCUGGAACGGCCCACGACCGGCCCCACCGACUACGAGCCCACCCUGGCCGCCGUCAGCCCCACCACCUGGUGGCAGGGCGGUUCGAACCAAGGGGGGGACCAGGGGGCGAACCAGGGCGCGGUUCCUGCGGGACUUCCCCUGACGCCGGGUGAUCGGGUUUCAGAACCUCCGCCGGCAGCCCGACCGGGCCGACCCACUGGACCCACCCACACCUGCGAACUGUCCGCCACCCACGUGAACGGCAGGCCCGCCUGCAAGGGGGAGGUGGUCUUCGAGGAGAACUGGAACUCCCUGGACCGGCGGAAGUGGUCGCACGAGGUCAAAAUAUCCGGCAGCCCGGACUUCGAGUUCUGCAUCUACGCGCAGCACCCCGAGAACACGUUCGUCAAGAACGGGUGGCUGCACCUCAAGGCGUCGCUGACCAACGACAAGUACGGAGACGACUUCGUGCGGAAGGGGAACCUGCAGCUGGAAGGCUGCACCGCGGGCCCACUCAACUCGGAGAGCUGCAGCAGGGAGGCCAUGUUCUCGUACAUCCUGCCGCCCGUCGUCGCGUCGCGCCUCACCACCAAGAACAGCUUCAGCUUCAAGUACGGCAAGGUGGAGGUGCGGGCCCGCCUGCCUCGCGGCGACUGGAUGUACCCGGAGGUGUGGCUGCAGCCGCUGCGCGAGGAGUACGGCGCGGGGCUGGCGUCGGGCAGGAUUCACCUGGCCAUGGCGCGCGGCAACACCAAGCUGCAGGGCCCGGCGCCGGGCCGCCAGGACAUCAGCGGCCGCGAGCUGGCGGUCGGGGUGCUCGCCGGCGGCAAGGGCACGGGCUCGGCCGACGCCCGCAAGAAGUUCUUCACCAAGCGCAACGACGUGGGCCACUGGGGCGCCGACUUCCACAACUACUCCCUGCUCUGGACUCCAGAUACCUUGGCGUUUUCUGUGGACGGUGUGGAGUUGGGCGUCGCGCGGCCGGAGGAGGUCGGAGGACUUCUCCGCGGCCAGGACAACGAAGGGGACGACCCAUGGUCUCACGGGUCAAAGAUAGCGCCCUUCGACAAGGAGUUUUACAUCAGCCUUGGACUUGCGGUUGGAGGGAUUCACGCCUUCCCUGAUGGCUGUCGGAGUGGAAACCAUGACAAGCCCUGGAAAAACACAGCUGCUAAGGCUAUGCUGAGCUUCUGGAAUGCUAGGGAGGUGUGGCACUCUACAUGGAAUGGCCAACAAGCCGAGUUACUGGUCGAAUCAGUUCGUGUCACUGCAUUAAACAACUAGGACGACCAAAAUGUUCUAUUUAAAAUAUCUUUUAAGACUGAAAAAUGUGCUCAUUAGAUAGGUUAUGCACCAAUGUAGCAUGUUUCAAUAUAAUUACUGUACUGCUUUUUGUGACUAGUGUGAGUGGACCAAGAAUAGGUAAAAAAUGAAACAAAAGGAAAGGGAACUUACAGUAUAUUUAAACCUCUACUUUUCAGGUUUCAGUCCAUUGAAAUAUUUCGGAAGGUGAGGCAUAAUUAAAAUUGAGUCUGGCUUAAGUCUUGGGCCACAUGUAGAAAUGCGGAACUCAUUAAGAUGGUAAACAGGAAUGGAUGAUGUGAUACAUAGGAAUACAUGGAAUAAAAAUGAUCUGAGUAUACCAUA